UUCUCUCCUCUCUAAACUAUUGCGCUCGCGACCAUGCCCACACAACUCUUUCAGGUAUGAGUCGGCAUCUGGAGCAGGUCCCUUUCCACAUUCGCGAUUAUUCAGCUCAACUGGAUACGAAGGGCUGCAUCUGGCGGUCGACUCAUCUUCUCUUUCAACCUCUUUUCACUUGUGCCACCAAACUACUUCAUGCACCAGCAGGCGCCCAGGUCUACCGCGGAUACCAGGACCCUUACCCAACUUCAGUCCCUUGCCAUCACCAAAAAGCUCCUCCGCACGUCGCUUGGCUGCAUUGCCUAUCUUCGGAACCUCUUCCCAGAAGAUAACUUCAAGGACGACCGCGAAGGUGAUGUCAGGAUCAAGUUACUGCAACAGGGUCGCUCGAUCGAGGCUGAUACGCUUAUCAGCUGGUUGGAAGGUGGGAUCUUUGACGCGCUUACGAGACAGUACCUCAAGACUGUCGUACUCGGAAUUGGGCUAGAUCCUGGUAACCCACAGGAGGUAGUUGAAAAAUAUACGUUCCAUUUAGGGUACCAUGAUGGGCACGCGUCACUCCGACACGUUGAUACACAGAGGAUAGAUGGUGGCAACAGUAAAGCCGUGAUGAAAGUCGAUGCCAGCAGAUAUAUUGAUCCGAUCGAAGGUGAGAGGGAUUGGACACAGCAGCGGCAGCAUAAGGUUAUGAACGUAGGGGAUGUCAAGAAAAGCGUGGAACAGAUGGUUCGACGUCUGAUCUUGUUCACCCAAACCAUGCAGGCACUUCCCGGCACCAAGUCGAUUACAGCAAGGCUUUAUUACUGGGACGAUGUAACGCCUGAGGACUAUCAGCCAAGUUUCUUCGCGCCAACCUCGAACGAGUCCGAGGACCAUCUACGUCUUGAAUCCGAGUCCACAGCCGUCUCCAUGGGCACUCUCAGGACCCCAUGCCACACGUAAGCCUUCAGACCAUAGUUCUGGACCAAAAACUUGACGAUCCCAUCCACUGAUUGAUGCCCGUUAUGCAGCCUUGACAUGCAAGUCGAAGCUGUGGAUAGGGAUCUGAGGACGGGUGAUGUAGAAGGCGACACUCAUAUCUGGAUCCCAGACUCAAGUCCAGUCCCUGCUUCCUCGCAGGCUGGCAUGGAUGAUGUGCU